AUACUUAACUGGUUAAGUAAAGACAGAAUCCAGAUCACAACCGGUAGCAACCAACAACCUCUGAACGGCGGUCAUUCUUAAGAAAUACGGCAUGGACGCCGGCGUUCUUCUCAGAACCCUAAAACCUUCAAAUACAUUUUUAAAAAAAUCCAUCGGUCUACGAUGCUCAUCGUCUUCCAAUUCUCCCACUACAGGAACAGUGAAGAAGAGAGCGUACGAUGGUUUAUUGUUGGAUGCAGGUGGAACGCUUCUGCAAUUGGCUAAGCCUGUUGAGGAUACAUACGCUUCAAUUGCUCUUAAAUACGGUUUAAAUGCAACUCCAGCUGAUAUUAAACAAGGGUUUAAAAGAGCCUUUUCUGCUCCAUGGCCCGAAAAACUACGUUACCAGGGAGAUGGAAGACCAUUCUGGAAGCUUGUCGUUUCUGAAGCUACGGGUAGUGCUAAUAACGAUUACUUUGAAGAAGUUUACGAGUACUAUGCCAAUGGUGAUGCGUGGCACCUUCCACCUGGCGCGUAUAAAACUCUAUUAACUCUAAAAGAGUCCGGAGUUAAACUGGCUGUUGUCUCCAACUUUGACUCUCGCUUGAGAAAGUUGUUACAAGACCUCAACAUCAUAGACUUGUUUGAUGCUGUCGUAAUAUCUUCUGAGGUCGGGUAUGAAAAACCAGACGCACAAAUAUUUGAAACGGCUUUAGAUCAGAUUAGUGUGGAAGCUGCAAAAGCUGUGCAUGUAGGAGAUGAUCAAAAGGCUGAUAAGAUAGGAGCAAAUGCUGUUGGAAUCAACUGCUGGUUAUGGGGAACAGAAGUGAAGACAUUUUCAGAUAUCCAGGACCGUAUUCUUGUUCCUGAUUUGUAACUUGUAUAAGUUGUUUCCCUCCUUAGGGGUGGUUAAUAAAGUCACAUUUUUGUAAUAUAUGUUAUAUAUUAAAAAGGAAGUUAUAUAAAUUAGAGGUACAAUUGGAAUUAAUAGUUUAAAUUUGGAAUUCAUGUUUCUUUUUAAAA